UACUUAAAAAAAAUGAGUGAAAAAUCCCACGUUUUCUCUCUCCACUACGACCCCUCCUCCCAGGCGCUCGUCCGCCUCGCCCUCUCCACCACCCAGAUCGCUCUCUAGGAGUCCUCUGCUAUCUCCGCCGCCGCCCCCACCAUCGUGGAUCAUCUCUCCCGCCUCCUCUCCACGUCCCCCUCCCUUCCUCUCUGCGCCAUCUUUCGAAUGUGAAAGGAACUCGGCCUUCCCGAUGACUUCGAAGAUUCGAUCAUCGUCCGGAAUCCUACUAUGUUCUCGCUUCGGAACAACCCACGGGAGCUCAACACCCAUCUGUUAGAGCUCGUCAAGGGGAAACCCAGCUCUAAUUCCACACCGGUGGUAGAGGAGUGGCGUUGUCGGGAGAUGACCAGGGAGGGAUCCAAGGCGGAUGAGAUGGAGCUCAAGUUUGGAUUCAAGCACGGGUUCCCUUUUGGGAUGCGGCUCAUGUGUCGGUGGGGAUUGGAGGGAGGGCAGCUGGGAGUGGAACCAGCAUCAGAGGAGGAGGAGUCUGGUUUAGCUGCUGACAACAUCUGAGUGGUGGUUUAGAAAGUCGGUGGGUAUGUAAAUGCUGGACUGGAAAUUGAAUCUUCUUUUACAGAGGCUACAACCCAAGCAAAUGAAUUUAGAAAAAGGCAUGCUUUUGGAGGCUAGGAUGCCUGUCAAAACUGACAAAUGUGCAGUACUAAAUGAUGCCAUUCGUGUCUUGAAUGAGCUAAAAGCUGAGGCCCAGAAGCUUAAAGAAGCAAAUAAAAAGCUUGAGGAAGACAUAAAAAACUUAAAGGAGGAGAAACAUGAACUUAGGGAAGAGAAAUCUCUACUGAGAGCUGAGAAGGAAAGAAUGGAGGAUUGUGUAAAAGCCCUGUCCAUAUCAACUGCUGGAUAUGUACCUACACCUCAUGCAGCUUAUCACGUUGGUGUAAGCAAGUUGAUUGCUUUUCCUAGUUAUGGUGCUAUACCUAUGUGGCAAUGGAUACCGCCUGAUGUUCGUGAUAUUUCAAAAGAUCAUGAGCUUAGACCACCAAUGGCUUAGUCAUAUUUUAUGGUUGAUUGCAAUGUGUUAAAUUCAUCAGUAAACAAGAUAUUUUUUGAAAUUCUUCUUUUCAGUUACAUUUAGAAGUUUACCAUGCUGUUAUGCUUCAUUUUGUUUGAAAACAUUCUGAGUCUCCAACUAUAUGUCAGGAAAUAAUGAUCAACUUUAAAUAUCAAA